GCGGAGGGCGUGGUCACAGAACACAAGUCUCACAGUCAUCGCGCACGGCCGCAGCACAUGCGCGCCCUAAUACUUGUGUUCCUUGUAGAACAGGUCUACGCAUCGGUCUACUGGGACGAAUACGAGACGUGCCAUAAUGACUUGGACUAUGGCAACUCCACACUGGUAUGCGAUCCAACUCAUCGGUUGGCCAAUACGACAACGUCCAAACUAACCGACAUGCUGUGGAGGCUACAGUCGCGAGUAGGAUGCGAAUGCAUAGAUGGAUGUCGCCGAGAUAACGGACGAGAUGAGUUUAUCGGAUUACUUCACGUAACUAGCAGCAAAAACACAGAUGACCUAAAAGCUGAUAUGCAACGAGAGUAUGCAGAUGCGAAAUUGGGUAAUGCAAGCUGCGAUCAUGGUUUGCUACUUGUCUACCUCAAAGACACACAAAAGUUGGCCACAUUCCGUGGUGGCGAUUCGUUUGUGUUGCUUACCGACGAAGAUAUGGAAAAACUUCAUGACCUGGCUGCUAAGAGUACGAGCUCGGAUACUGAUAACUCACUGGCGUUACAGUUUUUAUUGAGUAACUACAAAGACGUCGUCUCAAACCCUGUGCAAAGGGCUGAAUCAUGGCUGCCAAUCGUCGGUCUUAUAGCCGCCGUACUAAUCGUACUAUGUAUUACUGGUAUUCUACUCUCAAUGUUCUUGGCACGAUUCUGUUGUUGUUGUGCCAAACGUAAUAAAGAUGUGUAUCAUGUGAAUACGUUACCGUCAUAUAAAACGGUCGAACCACUCUACGUUGUCACACCACCUGGGCGCCCAUUGAUGCCGGAUCAGAUCUAUUCAACACCGUAUUCCGGUAGUCCGUUACCGUAUCCACCACCACCAGGUGCUAGUGUACCCGUAACGCCGACAUCAACAUAUAGACAUGGUGUAAAUCAUGAAACUCCCACUAUGAAAAAGCCACAUCCACGAAGUGAACCCGGCUCCAUAAGACGCGGUCCUGGAUCAGAGUAUUCUGCUCCCGGUGGCGUCUACGCUCCACCACAGCUUACACCACCUAUGAUUCUGCCACCUACGGAGUUGUACGGAACAAUACCUCGUGCUACGCUCAUACCACGCAACGGACCAAUUUCAACGAUACAGGAUCCAAAAGAUCUCCCAUUCCUUGAUCCAAAUCGAAAACAAGAAACACAAACAAGAGAAGAACUGAUAUAUUAGGGCCUUUCACAAUGACAUUAGCAUCUUGUUCAAGCCUAGCUCCGCCUUAUGGGUAGGAUCACUUUACUCAAACAAUUUACCUGGGUAAGGAAUAGCUCCUAAAACCUCUUCUCGGAGUUAAGCCACAAUAUGUGUGUGCGUGCGUGCGGUGGUGCUCAACGGCUUUCGUCCCCCGGUUUCCUUCAAAAUCAUUCCAUUUUGUCAUAUUUCCUACUUUAAGCAUUUCCCCCCCCCCUCUCCCACCCCAUAUAUUUUUGUAGUUGGAAAAAACCUUUCUUCAAAUUCCAUACUGCCGGGUUCCACAGAGUAAUUCGUUUUGCGUAAGCCAUGUGACUACAGUAAACUAUCUACAUAUACAGUAGGUUAUGUUUGAAUGCAGUACUCUCAACAAAUGAUAAAAAGAAACAAUUGGAAAUUUUUCUAUAUAUGUGUGUGCGUUCGGUGCCUGAUGAUACUCAUUAUAUGAAUAUUGACAUGAUGAAUAAAUAAUGUCAGACA